AUGACAGCAACAACCCUCAGUUGCGGUGGACUAUUCACCAAUGCCAACAGCUAUCAAAAACACUUCCAGACCGCCAUGGUCAAGGUCAAGGUCGGCAGCAAGGAAACAUUCUACGCACACGAAGGCAUUCUUUCCAAGUCGGUCUUCUUCGAAAGAGCCCUGAACGGCGAGUUUUUAGAGGCCACCACCCGCGAGGUUCUCCUUCCCGACGACGAACCAGAGAUCUUCUCGUCGGUUCUUGAAUAUCUCUACAGUGAAGAGUAUGCGCCCAGGCUGGGCUUUUCCAAGACGGUAAAGAAAAUAGUAGACCAAUAUCGCACUCCUCAGUCUAUAGAGUCGACCUUUCAGACCCUUCCUUGCAUAUUUGGUUCUACUCCUAAAAGUGAGGAUAUUGCUUUAGCAGCGUUGAGGCAUGCAAAGAUCUAUUGUCUCGCAGACAAGCUUGAGUUGAAAGGUCUCCAAGCGCUGGUUAUCACUAAGUUAAGAUUGUGUGGCCCGCUUGCAGGUGUCGACUUUCUAACGGUUGCGUCCUAUCUCUUACAAAACUCCUAUGAUUUCGACGGCUCUCUAGGGAGAUUCUUGUCGUCAUAUGUUUCAGGAAUCCCAAAGCAAACUUAA